AUGCUGUUGGGAAGCAAGUCAAACGCAUCGUUGUAUGACAUGUCUUUCCAUUUCUCGCGCUCCGGAAUAGCUGUAGAUAAAAUAGCAAACAGCUGUUCGAUGAGCUGUUCCUGGGACCAGUUCUCAUCCACCGAGGAUUUCACGCAUUUUUCGAGCAAUUCGGUACCAACAUGCACUUUGGGCCACGGCUCGUGGUAUUUGGAGUUGGACAUGCCGAUCGUUUUGUAUGUAUUGAAUGCAGAUUCGCAGGCGUUGGACCGAUUCGAAAAUAUUCGCAAUGGUUGUGCGCCGUUUGUGGACCGAUCCACGUUCACUUUGCCAAAUAACAACGAAAAGCCUCCAAUGUCUUGCAGGGUCUCUGUUUGUGAACCGAUCUCGUGCUCCCAUUUUUCUGGGGCCAAGUCUGAUUGGAGAAAUUCGAUCGGAAUGGCUCCUCUUGAUAUCUUUCCCACGCAAUCUCCCAGUUUUGGUUCUCUGUAG